ACUUGUGCGGUUCAAUUAAGACACUCUUUCUGACAUCAUGGAACAAUGGAUCGUAGCGCUCUCGCUGCUCGCCGUGCUGCUCGUUCUGCUCUACAAGUGGUCCGUGGCCAAAUACGAUGUGCUCACCGAGAGGGGCGUGCCGCAUGCCAAGCCCAAGCCCCUGCUGGGCAAUAUACCCAUCAGAGCUAUGGCCGGUGGCCUGCCCGUGCUGAAGUAUAUGAUUGAGCAGCAUAUGCAGUACCGGGGGAGCAGGGUGUACGGCAUGUACGCCCUGAGAGAUCCCAUCAUCUUCAUACGCGAUCCAGAGCUGAUCAAGCUGGUGGGCAUUAAGGAGUUUGACCAUUUCGUCAACCACCACAGCAUGCACAAUAAUGCGCAGGAGUCGAUUCUCUCGAAGAGCCUCAUCUCGCUGAAGGAUGGUGCUUGGCGGGAGAUGCGCUGCAUUCUGACGCCAGCAUUCACCGGGAGCAAAAUGAGGGUCAUGUACCAGCUGAUCCACUCGUGCAGCGAGGAGGCAGUGAGGCAUGUAGGGGAGCAGUUGGAACAAUCGAAGGCCGGGGCCAUUGAGCUGGAAAUGAAGGAUUACUUUACGCGUUUCGCCAACGAUGUGAUUGCCACUGUCGCCUUUGGCCUCAGCGUGAACUCAUUCAGGCGGAAAGACAACGAAUUCUUUCGCAUCGGACAGUCGCUGUCAAAGGUUAGCGCCUGGGCAAUUGUCAAGGCAGUUCUCCAUGCCCUGGUGCCGCGACUAAUGAAGCUGCUGCGCAUUCAGGUGCUGGACUCGGAGAAGAUUGACUACUUCACAAGUCUGGUGAAGGUGGCCAUGAGGUAUCGCAAGGAGCACAAUGUGGUGCGUCCCGACAUGAUCCAUCUGCUGAUGGAGGCCAAGCAGCUGAGGUAUGCACAGCUGGUGGACCAAUCCAAGGACGCCAGCCAGUACGCAGAGUUCACCGACGAGGAUCUGCUGGCCCAGUGUUUGCUUUUCUUCUUCGCUGGCUUCAGCAUCAUCUCUUCGGCCCUCUGCUACCUCACUUACGAGCUCUGCAUGAACCCUGAAGUUCAGUCCGAAUUAUUCGAGGAGAUACAGUCGGUGGACAGGGAGUUGGCUGGCAAACCUCUCACAUAUGACACAUUGACGCGAAUGAAGUACCUGGACAUGGUUGUACAGGAGGGGCUUCGGAAGUGGCCCCCAGCCAUAGCCACGGAUCGCGAGUGCCACAAGGACAUCGACCUAUGUGACGAGAGCGGGCGGAAGUUGUUCUCUGCCAAGAAGGGCGAUGUGCUGCAGAUACCCAUAUUUCCGCUGCACCACGACCCCGAGAACUUUGCAGAGCCGGAACGCUUCGACCCCCAGCGCUUUUCAGAUGAGCGCAAGUCGGAGAUUAAGUCCAGCACCUUCCUGCCCUUCGGAGUGGGUCCGCGGAACUGCAUUGGCAAUCGACUGGCCCUCAUGGAGCUCAAGUCCAUUCUCUUCCAAUUGAUUCUGAGCGUCAGGCUGCUGCCUGCCCAGAAGACAUCGACCAAUCUGCUCGAUAGCAUCAUUGGUCACAACCUGCAGCCAAAGGAUGGCUUUUGGCUGAAAUUCGAGCCGCGCAACUGAUUGAACUCCAUCGAUUGCAUUGUAGCUAAUUAAUCGACAGCCGUUUUUAUCAUUAAAACUUGUAUGCAGCUGAA